ACUCUGUAUGAUAAGCACUGACUACCUGUCCUGAGCAGCAAGCCCAGAACUUCUGCUUUCUACCUGCCUGGGCUGCAGCACCUUUCUACUAGUGGGAUCUGUGAUUAGACACUCUGGUGGAUGGGAGCAAGAUGCAACAGGGAAUAAAAUGGCAUCACCAGGUGGAAAACUUGCCACAGACAAGAUGACCCCAAACCUCUUUCUCAUCAUCUUGUCCCUGCUUUCUCUGCCACACCAGGUAUCUGGGGAUCAAACACAAGGUGCCGUGUUCCUUCAUGAAUUUCCACUAAUUAGAAGAGAAAGCCAUCAAGAUGAUUUUUUGUCUGACUUAAUGACGAAUCACAAGAUUGAAGAUCCGAGCUCUCGGACUGCUCGGUCUGAGGAAGAUCGAGACACCUUGUGGGAUGCCUGGGGGCCAUGGAGUGAGUGCUCCCGGACUUGUGGUGGAGGAGCUUCAUAUUCUCUAAGACGGUGUCUAAGCAGCAAAAGCUGUGAAGGGCGUAAUAUCCGAUAUAGGACUUGCAGCAACGUGGAUUGCCCAGCAGAAUCUGGAGAUUUUCGGGCACAGCAAUGCUCAGCUCAUAAUGACGUGAAAUAUCAAGGACAGUAUCGGGAAUGGCUACCUGUUCACAACGACCCAGAGAAUCCAUGCUCCUUGAAGUGCCAAGCAAAGGGUACCUCUCUUGUAGUAGAGCUGGCUCCUAAAGUCCUCGAUGGCACCAGGUGCUAUACGGAAUCAUUGGAUAUGUGCAUCAGUGGUUUGUGCCAGAUUGUUGGCUGCGAUCAUCAGCUAGGGAGCACUGCAAAGGAAGACAACUGUGGUGUCUGCAAUGGAGAAGGGUCCACAUGCCGUUUGGUUCGAGGACAGCACAAAGCACAGCUCUCGGUAAACAAAAUGGAUGACACAGUCGUUGUUAUUCCAUACGGAAGCCGACAUGUCCGGUUGGUACUCAAAGGACCUGAUCAUUUGCAUUUGGAAACCAAAACAUUACAAGGUGUAAAAGGGGAGCACAGUCUCAGUACAACGGGUUCCUUUCUGGUGGAUAAUACAACAGUGGACUUUCAGAGAUUCACAGACAAAGAAAUCCUCAGGAUAGCAGGACCUCUUUCUGCAGAUUUUUCUGUGAAGGUCAGCUAUGCUGGAGCUGCGGACAGUGUGAUACAGUUCAUUUUCUACCAGCCGAUCAUACACCGAUGGAGGGAAACCGAUUUUUUUCCUUGCUCAGCUUCAUGUGGAGGAGGUUACCAACUGACAUCAGCCGAAUGUUAUGACCUAAGAAGUGGACGAAUUGUAGCCGAUCAGUACUGCCACUACUAUCCUGAAAAUGUUAAACCCAAACCUAAACUCCAAGAGUGUAAUAUGGAUCCCUGCCUGGCAAGUGAUGGUUACAAGCAGAUUAUGCCCUACGACCUCUACCAUCCUCUUCCCAGGUGGGAAAGUACCCCAUGGACUGCGUGCUCCUCCUCCUGCGGCGGAGGCAUACAGAGCCGCUCAGUAUCAUGUGUAGAAGAAGACAUUCAGGGGCAAGUCAGCUCAGUGGAGGAAUGGAAGUGUAUGUAUACUCCCAAAAUGCCGAUAGUACAACCAUGCAAUAUAUUUGACUGUCCUAAAUGGUUGGCUCAGGAAUGGUCACCGUGUACAGUUACAUGUGGGCAUGGGCUGAGGUACCGUGUAGUUCUUUGCAUUGAUCACAGAGGGAUCCAUACUGGUGGCUGCAGUCCUAAAACAAAACCUCACAUCAAAGAGGAAUGCACUGUGCACAUACCUUGUUACAAAACUAAAGAAAAACUACCAGUUGAAGCCAAAUUGCCUUGGUAUAAGCAAGCUCAAGAACUUGAAGAAGCAACUGCUGUAUCUCAGGAACCUUCGUUUAUUCCUGAUGUGUGGUCUCCAUGUAGUGUUUCCUGUGGAGCUGGUUAUCAGCAGCGGGCAGUGAAGUGCCAAGUACUCUUGUCUUUUUCUCAAACAAUUGCUGACCUUCCACCUGAGGAGUGUGAUGGUCCAAAACCUGCCAGUCAGCGAACAUGUUACAGUGGACCCUGCAAUGGGGAAUCGGUGGAAUAUAAUCCGGAGGAAGAUGAGUUAAGUUAUGGGGGUUUGAAGGAUAUUGAAGAACUGUAUGACUGGGAGUAUGAAGGCUUCUCUGAGUGCUCGGAAUCAUGUGGCGGAGGUGUGCAAGAAGCAGUUGUGGUUUGCUUGAACAAACAGACACGUGCUACUGUAGGAGAGAGUCUGUGUGCAGCUAGCAGACGUCCUCCACCACUUUUAAAAACAUGUAACAUGGAAGCGUGUCCCUCAAGGUGGGAGAUUGGAAAUUGGAGUUCAUGCAGUUUGACCUGUGGAGUUGGUCUGCAAACCAGAGAUGUAUUUUGCUCUCAUCUCUUGUCAAGGGAGACGAAUGAGACAGUGGUCUUGGGAGACAAUUUCUGCAAGCAACACAAGCCUACCAUGGUGCAGGCCUGCAAUCGAUUUGAUUGUCCACCAGUAUGGUACCCUUCAGAAUGGAAGCUGUGCUCACAGACAUGUGGUGGAGGCAUACAGACUCGUGAGGUUCUAUGCAAGCAGCGUCUCUCUGAUGGCAGCAUUUUGGAGUUACCAGAAACCUUCUGCUCCUCACUGAAACCUUUGUCUCAAGAGUCAUGUAAGAAUGAAGACUGCCCGGCAGAAUGGCAUCUGACUGACUGGUCUCAGUGUUCGGUGACGUGUGGAGAAGGAACUCAAACCCAGGCUGUUGUUUGCAGGAAAAGGUUGAAAACUGGGGACUACAUUGUGGGAAAUACCUCCAUGUGCUCAGACCCUCCCCUCCAUCAACUGGUUCGACCUUGCUCACUAGUACCUUGCACAAGGUCAAGACCCGUGCACAAACUGAACCCCCAGAUCACAGGUUUGAAGAAGCUCUAUAUCCAAAUAAAGAAACAGAAGAAGUUGCAGUUUGUUGUAGGGGGAUAUGGUUACCUGCUUCCGAAGACCUCUCUCGUACUUAGAUGUCCUGUGCGGAGAUUUAGAAAACCACAAAUCAUUUGGGAAAAAGAUGGCAAACACUUGACCAGCUCUGAGCAUGUUACAGUGGCACCACAUGGCUAUAUCAAAAUCCACCAUCUUAGGCCUACAGAUACUGGCGUCUACACUUGUAUGGCUGGACCUAGCCAAGAGCAUUUUGUUAUCAAGCUCAUUGGAGAUAACAAUAAAAUAAUCUCUCAGUCUCCAAGACUAAGAGAAGAAGAGAAUUUGAAGAAAAUCAGGAAGAAUGAAGCCUAUAACCGUCCAGAGAAACAACAAAAUGGUAACCUAUUUAACCGGAGCAAAGCUGACAAGCAUAUAACAGAUCCAAGUAGCUGGUAUGAUAACAUUGUUUCUCAUCUUCUGGCUCUAAAAGUGUUGUCUGAUAGAAGCCUGGAUGCAUCAGAACCCCAGGAAUCAUUUGAAAGAAAUAUUUCAUCUGAGGAAGACCAUACUAUUGAACACUCCUUGCCUUUUAAUUUUGUCACAGAUCUUAAGCGCUUGGAUGAUCUUGUAAAGAGCUUACCUCAAGCACCAACAGAGAUGCAAGAAAAUAACAGUAGACAUUUUUUCUUACAGCUAGCACAGGAAGUCAUGAGAAACCAGCCUGAAAAUCAGGAGCCCCUUGUAUUUAAGACAGAGCCUAUACAGAUCGGUCCAGGGAUUUCAGAACACUCGUUAUAUAAACCAGUUUCAAGCUUUUCUAGUUCAUGGAGAUCUUCAUACAUGGAUGCUGAAGUAUCUGAGGCUCAUGAGUCAAUUCCAGAUCAUACUCUCAGGAAGCCAGUCAUUUUGAGGAAGAUAUCUGCAGCACAGCAAUUCUCUGCUUCAAAUGUUGUCACAUACAUUGGACAGACCGUGGCUCUGGCAAGUGGGACACGCAGUGUUCUUCUUCAUUGCGAAGCAGGUGGAAAUCCAAAGCCAGUUAUAAGCUGGUCAAAGAAUGGAGUAGAAGUAAAAUAUAGUAACAGGAUCCUUCUAAAGUCAGAUGAUGCCCUUCAGAUUUUAGAGCCACUUGAAGCUGAUGUUGGGUUCUACACCUGCAAUGCAACCAAUUCGUUAGGCUUUGCAUCGGUUUCUAUCGCCAUUACUCUAGAAGGAAAGCCAUUAAUAAAGACGUCCAAGAAUGCUUUGAUCAAUGCCAAUGCUCCUUCCAUCACUGUCGAUGUUGGUAGUGUGGUGAAGACAUUUUUCGGAUCAAAUGUUACUAUCCACUGUCAGGUAGCAGGCAUUCCAGAGGCAGAUGUGUCUUGGUACAGAAAUAAAAGCAGAUUGCACCCAGCACUGCACAUGAGUGACGGGUCUCUGUUUAUUGGAAAUGUCACUGAGUCUGACCAGGGACUCUACACUUGUAAAGCAGCCAAUGUGCAUGGAGAAGUGUCGGAAUCUACCGAACUACAGCUUCUAAGUCUGUCCCUGGACACCUAUGGAGUAGAACGUUUACAACUGCUGUUUGCUGAAACUGAGCCAGGAGUUCCGUUUGUGUUGACAUCUCAGAAUGGAAAUACUUUGCAGGUUACUCCUGGGGGUUCCGCUCUGAUAGGAUGUCCCGUGAAUAAUGACUCCAUUCCCAGCAUCAUCUGGUUCCAUAGGAGCCAACCUUUGGGCUCAAGGUCAAGAUUGAGACAUGAACUAUUGGAAGGUGGACAGAUUCUUCAACUUGAUAACCUCAGCAAAGAACACCAAGGAGAAUACAGCUGUGUUAUUAAUAACCCGUCUGAAUCAUUUCUACUGAAGGCAUCUUUAUCCAUUGCAGCCCCAACAGAAUAUCAGUGGUCUGUGGUUGGUCUUGUACCGUGUACAGCAUCAUGUGGAAACAGAGGUAUCCAACAUCCCCAGUUACGAUGUGUAUUGGACAAAGAGGAGGUCAACGUUUCCUAUUGUUUAGAUAAACCUAGGCCAAACAUAAAGCCUGUGACCUGCAACAGAAGAGACUGCCCACCAAGGUGGAUGGUAACAUCAUGGUCAACCUGUUCUCAAAGCUGCGGAGGUGGCGUCCAGACACGCCGUGUGACCUGCCAGAAGCUGACUGGUGCAGGUCUCUCUGUGGCUGUGUCUAGUGACAUCUGCAGCAUAUCUGCAAAACGACCUGUAGACAGUCAGAGCUGCAGUAGACAGCUGUGUGUGGACUGGACAACAACCUCGUGGGGACAGUGCAAUGGACCCUGUAUUGGACCAAGAAUGGCUGUUCAGCAUAGACAAGUUUACUGUCAGACCAGAGAUGGGCUCAUUGUAUCUCCAGGACAAUGCCAAGCCUUACCAAGGCCAUUAAACACACAGAACUGCUGGUCAGAUACCUGCAGUGUGCACUGGAGGGUUUCACCAUGGACUCUUUGUACAGCCACGUGUGGCAACUAUGGUUUCCAGUCAAGGCGCGUGGAGUGUGUGCACCACCGUACUAGUAAGACUGCACCUGAUCAAAUGUGUUCGUGGAGACCGCGACCUUCCAACUGGCAGAGGUGUAACAUCACACCUUGUGAAAAUGUUGACUGCAGAGACACUACAAGAUACUGUGAAAAAGUGAAACAACUAAAACUUUGUCAACUCACACAGUUCAAAUCUCGCUGCUGUGGGACAUGUGGGAAGGCAUGAGAUUUAAAUGUAAGGCCUCUAUCUGCAUUUGACAAGGAAGCAAAAUUGGGAGAAGAAAGAAAAAAAAAGGAACAGGUUCGCAUGCCUGAAAUGUCCCUGUGAUUCUAUUUAUUUUUGCUGUUCAGUUGUAAAGAACUCGACAAGGUUCUCUUCCGUUUCUGCUGGAAGAUGGAAUGCUGUAAAACGCCUGACAUCAUCAGCCACAGGGUUUUGUCAUGGAUUGUAACAUGGGGGAAAAAAAGCUUAUGUCAAAAAGCUUAAAAGACAGUUGGUUGUACCAUGAACCACAUGGGAACUAUUCAGCCUACAACAUGACCUGACAACAAAAUAGGGAUAAAGGGAUAUUAUGGGACACAUAAUGUUGUGAUGGUAAAAAAGAAAACAAUAUAUGACUUUGGUGCCCACAAUUAGAAUAUGGAUGUACAUGCAUUUCUUUAUUUUACUAUGUUAAAUAACAUUUCCACUACAGUACACAAAGUGUUGGAUGUUACAAGAACCAAGUUCUGGGACCAUUAUUUUUGUGGAUGAAGAGGCAGACACAGAUUGGAUUCAAACAUAUGUAAAAGACUAAUUACAAUGCUGCAUGGAACACGAGAAUAAAGAAAAGGACAUGGCGGACUUUCAGUGCUUGUUUCUUCUGCCAAUGUGAACACGGCUCCUCCACUUUUUAUGACGACUAGGGUUACAGCCGUCUUGUGGCUUGCAAAGUCCUAGAGUGUGUAAAGCAUUGGUUUUCCAGUAGGUUCAAUGAAUUAGUUACCUGUCAAUCAUGUGUGCGUGUGACAGCUCUACUGCUUAAUGGUGGUAUUAUAAUCUUGAACAUAGGCACUUUAUAAGUGUGAUGAUUUUGAAUCACUGACAAACCAGGAAAACACAUGUAUGCAAGUCUUGAAGAAAAUCACAAUUUUAAAUGGAACAGCCAAUAUAUUAAUGAAAAAAAAACUAGGAUAUGCAUGUAAUUAUUUAAGCGUUUACGCACUUUGUCAAUUGUACAUGUUCAAACAGUGGGGUACUGAUCUUGAUCUUUUGUUUUUAUCUUUGAAAUGAUUGGUGGGGGGAUUCGUUAAAGUAAUGCAAACUGUGAGUUGGAUUUGUUAACGAAAUAAGCACAUACUUGUUAAAGCAUUAUGACACAGAAACUAUAAGUAAGACAAUAAUAUGACUUCACCUGUUUAAAACAUUCUUGUCGGCUCCUAGGAUACUAGCAUAUAAUACAUCUGCUGAUGACCUGAUCUAUACCGGUACUUCACAAAGCACAAAGAAACGUUAUGUCACAAAUGUUGUACAUAUUAAAAUGUUUCAAGGAUGUAUGUUUUAACAGCCUUAAAGUCUUUAAGGUUUAAACGAAAAAGAUUAUCCUUCUGACUGAUCACCAUUUAUUCUUGAAUUUACUUUGUACCAUCAAAAGAUAUGUCCAGUUUGUUAUUUUAGUAGAGCAAGAUGUUGUGAAAGUGUUAUGCAAAAUGUUCAUUUGUUUUUUAUAUAUAAAAAAAAUAUGAGGAAAAAUGCAAUAAGAAAAAUCCCAUGAACUGCCUGAACAGACCUCUUUUGGAUCAGGUGACCAGAAGAAAAUAUAUAGCUGUGGUGCUGGUUAGAAAUGUGCAAUUUGAUAUUAGAGACUUGUCAAUCAAACUACAACAAUUUGAUGAUCUCCAAGUUAUAUUAUAAUCAUGGCAAUGCUGGAUCCUCUGUAAUACAGAAUUUGCUUAGCACUGCGUUAUUUUACACAAUGCUAGGUUCCAAAUUUAGCUAGUGUUCAACUGCAUAUUAACCAACACAAAUAAUACAUUCUGAAAGUUCCAGGUCAUACCAUUAGCACUUAAUAUUUAAAGCACUUAUAAAAACCUAGGUUCCUCUACCUGAUUUCAUACAAAUAAUUUGGAAAUGAUGAGCUUGUUUUUGGUACUUUGGCCAACCCAUUUAUGUGUUAGAGCAUGUUCAUUGUUCACGUCAUUCAGACUCGUGUCAUACAUCCUUUAUUAGACCACUUAUGUUUCUUGCUGUCAUAGACUCUCUGUACAUUAAAAUACAUCUGAACCAUAUCCAAUUUCUAUCAAUGGUCCUCUGUGCAAAGAUGUGUGUUACUUAGAUACAGCAUAUUAUUAUUUUUAUUAUUAU